GCGCGCAGGCGCGCUGCGUGCGCGCCCAGCGUCAGGGGAGUGCUGCGGUCUGCGGGUGGGGGCUCGUCCCGUCUGUGGCGUGCAGUUGCGCGCGACUGGUGCUGGGAGGGGGUGUGUGAGGGACUGUGGUCGGAAGUCGCGGAACUCUCCACCCGGGUGCCGCCCCAGUGGACUGUCGUGGCGUCAGGGACUGGGAAAGUGCAGACAGCGGGCAGCUGGGGCCAGGCGGCGACUCGCCGACGGGGCUUCGUGUGUCUACUGGGUAAAGGCGGCGGCGGCGGCGGCGGCGGCGGCGCAGCGGCCCGGUGCGUGCCACAGCGGAGCGAGCGCAGCCCCCGGCCAUGGCGUGUGUCUGCCGACCCUGGGAGUUCAGCGUGGCCUGCGAGCUGGCGGCCGGCGAGAAGGCCUGCGUGGUCGGCUCUGCCCCGCAGCUGGGCAGCUGGCAGCUGAACGGCGCCGUCGAGCUGCAGCUGACGGAGCUCACUGAGGAGCGAGCGUACACCAACGGCGCCAGCAACGGCAGCCAGCAACGGCAGCAGCAACGGCACCGCUAAUGGCUGCACCGAGACCAGAGUGCCAGUUUCCAAGGCAACGGUGACGCUUCGUACCGACCAGGAUGUGCACUACCGCUACUGCGUGUGUGUCGUGCUCAACAUCGACGGCGACCGCAAGAUGGUAGUCCGUCGCUGGGAGACGGACAUCGCGCCCCGGAAGCUGUCCACUUCCGUGCUGGAGGACGUGACGCGCUGCAGUUCGGUGGAACACUUCGGCUGCAUCACCCCAAUGCCGCACGUGGACCGCGGCUGGCUCAAUGUCGAGUCGGUGGUGCAGCUCAAGCUGUACAACAACCCCGUCGAACUGUGGAAAAAGCGCCAAAGAAAGUACCGCAUCAAGGUAACGCCGGUGAACCUGGAGAAGAAGAUGCUGCAGGAGCCCCUGCUGACCGGCGAGGAGAGCUCCGAGAUGGACAUGCAAACCCUGCGCGGCGGCGCUAUGUGGCCCAUCAUGGAACUGGCUGUGAUGCAGGAGGGCGAGACGUCCUUUAAGCACCAGGGGCAGUUCGGCCGCGAGUACUUGGCCGACGACUUCUUCACCUUCCAGUGUCAGAUGCUGAAGCCGGACACGAUCGCCUACAUGGUGGACCUUUACUCGGCGACGGUGGCCGAGGACGGCACGGCUGAGCACAUCGGCUUCUGCCACAUCCUGCCCAAGAACCUGAAGCUGACCACCGGCAUCAUCACCCUGCCCAUCACCGGCACCAACCACCAGCCCAUCGGACAGCUGACAGUGGACUACCUGAUGGUGCGUCCCAUGACCGAGAUGAAGUGUCGCAUGGAGAGCUCGUUCUCCCGCUACUGGCGCGCCACCUGGCGGGGCCUGGACGUCGGACACCGCGGCGCCGGCAGCUCCUUCACGCACAAGUCGGAGGUGUGCGCCAACAUCCGGGAGAACACGAUCGCCUCUCUGAAGCAGGCGAUCGAACACGGUGCCGACUUCGUGGAGUUCGACAUCCAGCUCAGCAAGGAUCUAACGCCGAUCAUCUACCACGACUUCCACGUGGGCAUCGCGCUGCGCAAGAAAGACAUCGUCGAGGACCACCACCUGCUGACGGUGCCGCUCAAGGACCUGGAGUACAGCCAGCUGCGGCAGCUGCAGGUGUACAACAUCGAGGAGGGCAAAAUGGGCUCCUUGCAUCUAGAGAAUGAUACGACGGAGGACAGCCAGCCGUUUCCCACUCUUCAGCUGGCCAUGGAAACACUGGACCCACACGUGGGCUUCAACAUUGAGAUCAAGUGGACUAUGCAGCUACAGGACGGCUCAUUCGAGCUGUACCACCCGUUCGAGCUGAACAGCUACAUCGACAACAUCCUGAAGGUUGUGCUGACCUACUCGGGCACGCGCAAGAUCAUCUUCUCCUGCUUCCACCCGGACAUCUGCACGAUGCUGCGCCUGAAGCAGAACCGGUUCCCGGUGCUGUUCCUGACGCAGGGCGAGACGAACCAGUGGCCGCCGUACCUGGACACGCGCACCCAGACGCUCGAGAUGUCGCUGCUGUUCGCACGCUCCGCCCAGAUCCUGGGCGUGAACGUGUUCUCGGGUGUGCUGCUGAAGCAGCCGGAGUUCGUCAAGCACGCGCAGGCGCAGGGUCUCAUAGUCUUCUGCUGGGGUGACGACAACGCCAACGUGGAGACGAUCCGCUACCUCAAGUCGGUGGGAUGCGACGCCAUCAUCUACGACCGCAUGGACAAGUACUGCACCAAGGACAACAAGGAGUCCAUCUUCCUGAUGGAGUCGAGGCAGGCGCGCGCCAUGUCGCUGGGCGGCGCGGACGCGAUAAGCGACGGUUCUGACGCGUCCUCCGACACGGCCACCGAGUCGUGCCACGGCCAGCCCACCGGCCUGGUUUGCUGUCCGCCGGCCGAGGCCGAGCAGGACAGCUAGCCGCCGCCGCCGGCACGUGCGUGGUGCGGCGGCGCAGAGCCAGCGGCGCGGCGUUGCGCCCGGCACUGAACGGCGCGGCCGAGGGCCCGUGAAGUGCCUGAAGAGCGACAGGGUUCUGGGGACGUGCCGGGGGAGGAUCACGGCAGGUGCCCUGGAACGCGCAGACGAUGACUUCAGAUACCCUGGACUCCUUUACGUAAGACGUGAUGAGGACGACGUUCGGUGUCCCGCAACGCACUGAGAAUGACGUCAUAUCGCCCGGAACGUCUCGAAGAUCACGUCUAGUCAUCCGGGACAUGUCACAAAGAUGACCUCAGACUGCGUGGGACGUGCCGCUGAUGACGUCAGACCAUCUUGGCGUACCGGAAAGAACUCGACGUCCCUUGGGUCGUGACCCCACUCAGGUGGCAUGUUCGGCGCCCAUAUAUUCAGGUAUCCCUCUCUAGCGUGACGCGUGCACCGCACCCUGGUUUGGCCUCGGGUCGGGUCUCGCCGGCGCCACUGGACCCGUGUGAUCGACUCCGCCGCUUAUCAGCGGGUACACCCUCGACCGGCUGGUAUCUGGCCGCGCCGCGUCCCUCCCAACAUGGGAGUUGUCCUACACCAAAUGGAUAUGUUGAGUGACGUGUUGAAGAUCGAAGGGGGUUGAAGGUAGUUUUUUUGCGCAGUACGCAAGCGUUAAGCGAUAACAUUUAUCGUUUUCUGCGUGGAGUGUGCGCUGAUACUGUCGUAUUGUUAAGCUGUAAAAGACAUGCCAAUAUUGACGGUGGUAAUUUAAAUUCGCUGAUAGCAAUCGGAGUGAUAUUGUACGCUAUAUAUUACGUACCUAAAAUCUUCCGAUGUGCUGACUGAGUGAAGAACGAGCCCAGUCUCAUGCCCACGGUUUGCCAAGUUUAUGGUUCGGACUGUUUUUUUUUUUAGCAAUGUUCGAAAUGUUUGCGAAAGGUAAAGGACGCCCGUACAUGUCAUUUGUGAAGUAACGAGAACCCCAUGAGUGCGACUUGCACGCGCUAGUUAAGUUCAGACUAAGAAGAACCGCCAUUAAGUGUUGAAUACAAAAAUAGAAGUUC